GUCCUUUAUAACACAUCUUCUGUUUUCUGUACGUUAAAAGCCCUGUGACGACGUGCAGCCUACCACCCCCGUGCUUAAUAAGACUCCCCUAAAGCCCAAUACACCCGAUAGUCGUAAUUUUUAGGCAAAUCGGUUACACUCGCAUUGACGAACAAACAGUGCUGGCGCAAUGUUUGGGCUCAGUACCCGCAAUGCCAAGACGUUUCGACCCAGGAAGAGCACGCCCGUCGGCAGUAAGGGCUUGCAGCUUAAGCGACAUAUCGAUGCGACGCUUGGCAGCGGCAACAUCAUGGAGGCAGUUAAGCUGCCUCCAGGAGAGGACUUAAAAGAGUGGCUUGCCGUCAAUACAGUAGACUUCUACAACGCGAUCAGCAUCCUGUAUGCCACGUUGGAGGAGUUCUGCACGGAGCGGUCAUGCGAGGUCAUGUCGGCAGGCGGCAAGUACGAGUAUCUGUGGGCGGACGGCGUAAAGGUAAAAAAGCCGGUACGGCUGUCCGCUCCAGAGUACAUCAACAAACUGUACGACUGGAUCGAGGAGCAGAUCGACGACGACAAGAUCUUCCCGCAGCAGUUCGGAUCGCCCUUCCCGCCCAACUUCAUGGAGGUGACCAAGACCAUCUUCAAACGCCUCUUCCGCGUCUACGCGCACAUCUACCACUCGCACUUCAAGGCCAUUUGCUCGCUAGGGGAGGAGGCGCACCUCAACACCUGCUUCAAGCACUUCAUCUUCUUCGUCACGCACUACAACCUAGUGGACGAGAAGGAGCUCGCGCCAUUGCAAGAGCUCAUCGACCAAUUCCUGGGGCGAGCAGGCACGCCGAGCGCGGCCAUGACGCAGUAAGCAACAUUUAUGUUGCAAAUAAAGAGGACUGGGAUGAAACUGUGGUAGAUUCGGGAUGCGGCUUGUGUGCAGUUAGGGCUUGUGAAGCAGCAGGGGUGCAGAAUUUUUGGGAAACAGAUUCCAUAUCACGAGGACGCUAGGGUAGGCUUUCGUCAUGUACAGUUGGUACUACUUGAGAGACUCAGCGCUGAGAUUUUGCGCGCCGGAUUAGACUGGAUCCACUACGACACAGGAGUGCUCGGAAUUCAGCCGACGCCGGUGACUAUCGGUGCGUGACACGGUUCUGGUUAAAGCUUUUGAACAUAUGAACUCAUGAACAUAUAGAUGGCGUUGAAGGUGCAGGAUUGCAUUGUAGCUGACAGUGAGCAGUUGUUAUCGAUGUGGAGCCGCUCGUGACAGGUUCACCAGAACCUUAUUACCUAUUGUUAUCUGCCUUAACUUCGAAAUGCUUCGGGAGUGCACCAAUAGAGGUGUGCCUGCGGUGGUGAAAACGUUCCAGCGCAAGCAAAAGCAGCCUGCCAAAGACGACCCAGCAAAAGCUGCGGGAGUGGAACGCGACUUGCUGGCAUGUACCGACAACAUCGCCAAUACCUCAACUGCUGAUCAUGUCGUUGCCAGCCGAAGUAAACGUCCGAGCGCCAUCUGUCGUCCGAAUGCCAAUGGCUUGGCAACUAAUGCGCCCAAAGAUGCGCGUGGCCCCAGCUGGCUGCGUAAGGGCCUCAACCAAAAGCGCUGCAGUGUAUUCAUACAGUCUGCUCCUAUGCCUUUUGCUGCAAAGCUGGACGCAACACUCACGCGGGGGAGGCGUGAGACGGCCAAGCAGCGUGCGGAGCGCCUGCGGAUUGUAGAAAUUAUGAUGGCCAGAGCGGCAGAGGUUGACGCUUUCGACCUCGUGGUUGAGAGUCCCGGAGCCAGCCCCGAUCCGCCCAAGCGCACCAGCAAGCAACAUCACCAUCAUCACCGCAUUGGCAUCCUGCCCGGGCUGGAGGGGGCACGGAACUUGGCCCAACUUGGCAUCAACCGUCGGGGCCUCGGUGCCGUCGGCAACGCGGGCUGUAUUGAAGUCCCCAAGCUUGCCGUACACGAACGCAUUGAUGAAGAGGAGAGCGACAGUGGUGGAGCCGUGGCUGGUGGUGGUGCGCCCUCUGUUCGCGGUGUACAGCGUACAGAAUCCGGGCUAGGCGAUACAGGGCCAAGCGGCAGCCAAGGGGAUAACGGCGCUGGACCCUCAUUGGAGGCACUGCUUCACCACGUGUCGGAGCUCCGGGUAAGCGCCGCCUGUUCCAGUGCCUGGUCUCAGCCACAGCCCCAUUUGCGACCGCAGCCAUCCCGGCAAGCACCCAAGCAGCAGCAGCGCCAGGGCUCGGAUGCCGAGGUCGGCCUCGACCCACAUCGGCAUCGGGCCUCCCAGCCAGCCUCCUCACCAUCAGCGUCGAUGCAAUCCUGCCAGGAGCCCCGGCAUCAGCAACAACAGCGAACUGGUCAUGCGGCGUCCGAGGUUGCCUCGCCGCACCAGUCUCCUUCGGUGCUACAGUGGCAACACCCGCAGGAAGAAGAGCAAGGGAGCGAAGAAGCUGCAGGGACUCCUCCCGCUCAAGGGGACGAUGUCCGAAUGGCUUUACGCUCACCCUUGGCGCCAUCUCCCAUGCAGCAAACGCCGCUGGCGACGCCACUACCCGCCUCGCAACGCUUUGCGGCCCUCCGGGAAGACGACAUGGACGUCGCCGCAACGCCCGUGUCCCUAGCAGCUAGAACGGGGCUACUAGCAGCCACGCCUGUGUCACUUGCCGCUAGGACGGAGCUGGGAACUGCGGCAACGCCAGCAGCAGCGACAGCGCCACCCGCGGCUGACCCGGUUUCAGACCAGGAAGCCAGCCCUAGCUCAGCAGCACUUGCGGUCUCGUUCGGCGGCGCCUGCAGCAUGCUCAGUCCUGCUGUUAUGCAUGACCACCGCGCAUCAGAUGCGGAUGCGGAGGAGGAGGGCAUGCUGGACGCUGUUGUGGAGGAGGAAGAGGAGGAAGUUGAUGAAGGACGUGGACAAGGCCAGGAAGCGGCGGGCAACGCCCAUGCAAACCGUGCGGAGGUGCAGGAGGAGCCGCAGCGGCAGCGAGGGAAGCAGCCGCAGGCACGGGAAGCAGUAGCACAGGAGGGCCAGCUAGGAAGCAGCAGGCGGGUACGGAAGGCGGUGGUGGCGACACCCGGCAGCCUCCCUCGGGCCAGGACGAGGGCUAGGACCCGGGCAGCGGCUGCACCGGCGGUAGGAGGGGCAGCAUCAGCGGGGACGGCAGGAGGAGCAGCAGCAGCAGCUGAAGCCGCACCAGUAGAGCCAGCGCCUAUGCCACCAGCACCACAGGUUACAAUGGACAAGGCCGCAGCAGGCGUGGCGCCUCACCUGGCUGCCGCUUCUGCUGCUGCGGCGGCGGCGACGGCCCCAGAUGCUGGCGAUUUGCCUGCAAAGGUGGUAACGGAGGGUCCAGGGGCGGGUUGCAAACGAGCGUCCAGGAAGGCUCGGACAAACACAGCUGCAGCAGAGGCCGCUGCGGCUGUGGCAGGGGCGGCGGUGCCCGCUACUGCUGUCGCUGCGGCUGCAGCUGUGCCUGCCGUCCCGGAUCAGGCAGCAGCGUCUGAGAUGAUAGCUGUUGAAACAUCAGCAGGGGCGGCUUUGGAUGCUGCUGAGGCCCCGGCGGCCGCCUCAGCGGCUAUGGAGGGUGUGGAUGAGUGUGCCGUGCAACAGGGAGCAGCAACACUGUCAGUCGAGGUCAGCGAGGUUGAGAAGGAGAAGGCGGAGGCGUCCGGGCCGGGGCCAGCUGCGGCGGCGGCAGCAGCGGGCGGUGCUGACUGGGCGUCAUUGGAGGGGUUGACGGACCUUCAGCGGCUGCUGGUGCUGUGCGGGCAGCAGCCGCACACCAGCCCCGCCCAGCUGCCGUCCAUGGACCUGCUGCUGGCCCGACUGGGGGCGCAGCUGGCAGCUGAGGGAGGGGAAGCGGCAGGAGGCGGCUUGGCGGCGAACUUCAGCCUCGGCCUCGACACAGCAGCGAUGGGAAGCUCCACUUCCGCCUCCGGUGCUGCUGCUGCUGCCACUGCUGCUCCCCAGCAGGCUGCCGGCCGCAGCAGCCGUGGCAAGCAACACUGUGCGGGUGCCUCCGUUCCACCCGGGCCACCCAUCCGGGUGGUGAAGGUGGGCGAGGGCAGCUAUGGGGAGGCCUUCAGGCUUGAGCUGGAGGACGCGGUGGGAGGAGGAGGGAAAGGAGGAGGUGCAGGAGCUGCGGCUGCUGCCGGUGGAGGCGGACGAGGGGCCAAGGGAGGCAGGGGCGGCGCGAAGGGCGGUGGCAGGGGAGCGGCAGGGAGGGCAGCUGCAUCAGGGGCGGCAGGCGAGUGUGGAGCGCAUGCCUCAUGCAGCAGCAGCAGCCGAGGUGGAGUAGUGCUUAAGGUGGUGCCGAUCGAGGGCGAUAUGCACUUCAACGGGGGGCCGCAGCGAACCGCUGCGGACAUGCUGUCCGAGACGCUCAUGUGCCGCGAGCUGAGCAACCUGGGGGAGCUGCGGCGGCCCGGCAGCUGCAGCGGCGGCGGAGAAGCAGAAGCAGUGCACUGGACCCCCGGCUUCGUGCGCACGUGGGCGAUGGCGGUGUGCCGCGGGCCCUACUCCAAGCAGCUGGUGCAGGCGUGGAAGAGCUGGGAUGCCACACACGGCUCCGAGAACGACUGCGUGAGCCGCCUGCCGCCGCAGCAGCUCUACUGGGUGAUCGCCAUGGAGGACAGCGGCACCGACCUGGAGGAGUACCCGCUGACCAGCUGGGAGCAGCUGCGCAGCGUCAUGCUGCAGGUGGGACUGGCCCUGGCCGUAGCAGAGGCGGCGCUGGCAUUCGAGCACCGAGACCUGCACUGGGGCAACGUGCUGGUGCGACCCACGGGUCACCAGCCAGCAACACAUGCAGCACGAGGUAGCAAUGGGGGUGAAGACAGCAGCACGAGCAGCGAUUGGGUCGAGGCUGGGCGGCUGGGCGGCUGCUCGCUGCGAGUGCGGCACUGCGGAGUGGCCGCCACCAUCAUCGACUUCACGCAGAGCCGCCUGACCACCCCCCCUGCAUGCGGCGUGGGGCCGCAGGGCGGCAGCGGCGGCGGCGGCGGGGGCGUGACGGCCUACUGCGACAUGGAGCGGGACCCCGAGGUGUUCCAGGGCAAGAAGGGGCACGUGCAGUUCGACACGUACCGCUGCAUGCGCGCGCUGGUGGGCUCCGACUGGUCGGUCAGCUGCCCCGCCACCAACUGCCUGUGGAUGUCGUACCUGGCGGAGGUGCUGGCGCAGCGGGGGGGAGGAGGCGGCAGCGCGGUGGGGGCGGCGGAGGCGGCAGCGGCGGUGGCGGCGGGAGGGGUGCGGCUCGGUGUGGCACAGCGGCGGCAACUGAGGGAGUUCAGGACUCGCGCUGUGCAGUACUCCGACUGCGGGGAGCUCAUCCGGGACCCGCUGUUCCAGGACCUGCUGCUGCUGGAGGAGGGGCAGCCGCAGGGGGCGGAUGAGUGACGGGAGGCGACCCGCGGGUCACUACGGCGCCACGUACUGCGAUGGGAGGAGGGGGAGGAGGUGCUUAGCGGCAGUACGGUAGAGAUGCGCAUACUCAAUUGGUGGACUGGGGAUGUGUCGGUGGGCGACUUGGGCUUCUAUUCACGAGCUGGUUUGCACGGUGCUAUUCAUCAAAUGCCAGUCGGCCAAUCGUGACCAAGGAUGUGUGUCGAUACGGGAUGGGCAUAUGAGCUGCAUUAACGGUGGCUCCUGGCUGCUGCAUGGUUGACGUGACCUGCAGCAAGUCCAUGUCAUGGGGUUUAUCGGCCUUAGCGGCGCGCGUGUUACUGCAACUGCAUUGCAUGACAGCAUGAGGCAUAGACCAGUUUGCGUCAGCAGUAAACACAUGCCAAGUCCGGUAACAGGACGGCCUGGCAUGCAUGCGCGCGUUUUCCCAGGUCCCAGGCGGAGGCGCAGGAUGAAGCGCGGGUCGGGU